CAAUUAGAAAAAAAGGGAGGUUUUGAUUUAAGGGUUUGUAACCAUUGGCUGUGCAUCUGAUGAAUCCUGACAAGGAGGUGCUUCUGCAUCUGAAAGCGUGUGCGAGGCGAUCGGACUUCAUUCAUAUCCUUGUGGCGAAAUGUUCUUUAUGCGAAUGUACAUCUCCACUGCCUGAAGGGGAAUUUGAAACCCGAUUGCUAUGCCAUGGAUUUUGGGAUGAGAAUCAGUAAAACAGAGGUGAAUUUGAAGAGGCUGCUUGCAGCUGCGCCUCAGCAACAGAACCAGGCAAAACUUGUUCAUUAUGUUGCUACUUUACGAGAACUGGUAGAACAACUAGCUGAAGAGAGAACUCCAGAAGGCUUACCCAGAGUUUCAAAGGCUGUUUUGAGUGACUAUUCAGAGAAGAUUGAAGCCAUUGCUUCCAAAUUAGCUGCUCCACCACCUGAUAUUCAAACACCCGAAGUGCCCCUUGCAAGAAUUUCUGUCAAAGCAAACUCUUCUGAUACAGGAGACAAUCAGAUUCCCCCUUCUCCAGGUUUGAGAAGGAGAUUUGUGCCUAUCUCAAAUACUGAAGAUGGAACUCGCGAGACUGCUGGUGUUGAUUCUUCAGGGCCUGUCAAACUGGACGCAGCAGCCCAAGCACACAUUGAAAAGCAUAGAAAGCUUCAAGAGGAUUUGACAGACGAAAUGGUUGGAUUGGCUAGACAGCUCAAAGAGAGUAGUCUCAUGAUGAGUCACUCCCUGGAAAACACUGAAAAAAUACUUGAUUCUACAGAGAAGGCUGUUGAAAGUAGCUUGGCAAGCACCCGUCACGCCACUACACGGGCAGCAGGUAUAUACUCAAAGGCGUCCAAGACUACUUGUUUCACAUGGCUUCUGAUGUUUGUCAUGACAUUUGUAUUUAUCAUGGUGGUUCUUUUAAUUCGCGUAACUUAAGGGUGUGUUGUGUUAGGAAGACUCAUCUUUCGUCCCAUAAUUUCUAUGUAUAUUUUGCAAUGUUGAACAGCGACAGUCUACAAAUUAUGAUAGAUAUAAUUUCUCAGAGCAUAGAAAUGUUGUUCGAUCA